GUGUGUGUGUAUCUAUGUGUGUGCACGCGCAUAAGGAGAACAGCACACGUAUAACUUUGGCAGCACUGAUGAAACUCCUGUAUGCCUUGUCACUCUCUACCAUAGUGUCAACACAACAGAUCUGUGUUGGUCAGUUUAUUACACAGUGUCGCUUCGUAGCCCGUGAACGGUGACUGUCUGUGAGUCAGUUAUCAUAUCUGAUAACUUCAGUAUCUUCACAUACUGAAGCGCAGCACCAGAAAACGUCCAGCAGAUGCAAGACGAUUUUGUGGCAUUAAGACGGUGGACGUGAAGACUCAGUAAGCCAUCAUCAGCCAUGGAAAUAGCUGGAAACGAUUGCAGAGAUCUUCAGGAAGAAGAGAUGCUGCAAAACAAAGAACAGGAAUCACGGAGUGCAAGGAGUUUCCGUGUUCUAAAACAGCUUGGGUUUACGAUUAUAGCAUCGCUCGGACAUUUUUCAACAGGCUCAGUUCUCACUUGGCCUUCUCCAGCCCUCUCUGACUUAGCACGGAACAAUGUCACAUGGGUUGGAACUGAACUUGUUCUCACGUCGAUGCAAGUGGAUAUGACAGGCAGCCUGGUAUCCCUAGGAAGCAUCCUCGGGGUGUUGAUGGGUGGAACAAUGGUUACACGGCUGGGGCGGCGCAGGUCUAUGCAGACUGCAGUGGCUCCUUGGCUUAUAGGGCUUGUGGCCCUCGCUCUUGCUCCCAACGUCCAUGUCUUGCUUCUUGCCAGAUUGCUGCUGGGAUUUACGAGCGGAGUCUCUGCUGUGGCCGGAGCUCUCUAUACAACAGAAAUCGUGGACGCAGAGGUGCGAGGUAUCAUGUACAACAUUCUCUGCCUGAACGUAACGUUAGGGGGUCUCUUUGCCGUAGGCGUGGGAUACUUUGUUCGAUGGUUCCACCUGGCUAUGAUAUGUACAAUUCCUCCUUCACUUCUCCUGAUUGGCAGUUUCUUUUUACCUGAUUCUCCAACCCUCCUGGUGGUGCGUGGAGAAAAAAUUGAGGCACUGAGAGUACUGAGAAAGCUACGAGGCCCUCACGCAAACCUGAAAUCAGAAAUAGAAGUUAUAGAAAUGAAGAAUUCUUUCCGUGCAGAUGGAUGGCAGAAACUUCUGAACCGGUAUAUAGUGAAACGAAUUAUCAUUGUGGUAAUGCUUAUGGCUUUCCUAUUUCUCUGUGGAAAUGAUGUCUUCAUUGUCCACACGGCCCGUAUCCUGAGGGAGGCAGGGUACCCCAUGGACGCCGACAUUGGCACAACCACUGUGGCAGUAGUAAGGAUUGUUGGGAUGCUGGUGUCAUUCCUUUUAGUAGAUCGGAUGGGCCGACGACCAAGUUUGGUAGCAUCAUACGCCAUCUCUUCAGUCUUCUUGAUUGUCCUCGGGGUGUAUGUUCACCUGACUGAGACGGCGACACCUGAAGACACCACUUCCUCUGCACUGGGUUGGGUGCCACUGGUAAGCGUCAUAAUGAUCUCGUUCGGCUUGCAGAUAGGAGCCCAGCCAGUGACCUUCCUCCUAUCAGCAGAGUACUUUCCUACCAGUGUUCGGGGUCAGACCUUCUCUAUAUGUUAUUCAUCAGGGAUGCUGUGUUCUUUCCUGGUGUUACAAGUAUACAACUUGAUGGUAGACGCAUUCACCCUUUCCGGGUAUUACUGGUUCUGUGCUGCCAUUAGCUUUGUCGCUGUAAUUUUUACCCUUAUAUUUGUUCGAGAAACCAAAGGCGAGAAUGUUGGCUGAUACAGGACAUGGAGGAAAGAUAAUUCAAGAAAAAAUAUGCAGGAGGGGAACCGGUCAAGGGCAACAAAAUUUACGAUUAAGAAGAAAGAAAAUAAAAAGUGUCGUUUGGUCUCGGAAUAAGAUCAAAAGAGUUAGCCAAUGAGAUAAAUAUUUUGAAACCUCCCACUUAAAUUAAUUUGGAUCAUAGAAAGGUAAGAAUACAGAAACAGAUAGGGAAUUCUAUAGUUUAUCAAAAUAGUUAUAAUUAAUCACUACUAUCUUUGCUUUACAUAGCUUAAAUUUCUAUCACUCUCGAGGAUGGGCAAUACCACAAUGCAUACAGCAUACUGACGAUGAAUAUUGAUCAAUAUUUUUGUAUUGGUGUUAGUAUUGCCUUAGCAACUCAAUCGUAAUACCGUUAUACUAGCAUCAUUUACGCUUUUUCCUCAUAAUGCAACGACAAACAUACAUUAAUACAUUGACACAUUUAUGUAAAGAUUUUUGGUUGGUCACUGUACAUGUCAUCUGCAUUACAUCAGAAUACACACAUUAUAACUCUAGACAUAAUUGUGAUAACUGCAUGUCAUGAAAUACAGUUCUCUGUUGCAGUCGUUUUUUAUAUUACACGAUUUAAUUACUACACUAAUUAAUAUUGGUAUAUUAUUAUCACCGGAAAUAAUUCCGAGUAUCGAUGCUCAUCAUUGGCUGCAGAAAAGAUGUGGAGACCACACAAUAAAAAACUGACCCAAAAAUGUAGUUAAUCUUUUCCUUCUUUAAAUCCUACGUGCAAUCAAGGGAUUUAUCUUACGUUCAGUGUCAACAGUGGUAAUGUAAGGAGCAAAUGAUUCAGGUAAGGUUGUCAACAAGUGAAACGUCCAGGAAAUCCAAGAUGCGACUUGUCAUGAAGGAGCAAAAGCCGUAGACUAAUUUUUGCAAUAGGACACAAGCCAAAGCCAGCGGGGGCAGAAAAGCUGGCUCCACGAAAGCGGCGCUUCGAGACCGCUGCCCAGUAGUGUCCAGCCCUGAAGGCCGCCGGCACCGCGGCGUGCGAGUCUUGAGCUGAAAACGCAGACUGCCUGCUCCUGGCUGGUGCCAAGCAUGCAGUGUGAAUAAAGCAAGCCAUGUAAUUUUGGACAAUCCUGUACAAAGUAAGUUGACAUUAAAAAAUUCUAGCUAUCUUAUUACUUUUAUUUACAAAAAUUAAAUCCAUGCCAACAGAAAAGUAAUUCAUUGUGGGAGGAAAAUGAAGACGACAAAUAUGUAUACAC